GGCGUGUCCCGCUCCCUUUGAAGCGUUGAAUGGAGGGAGGGGGCGUGGCAGGAAGUUGUCUGCUUGGCGGAACGGAGAGCGUCCAGGUUGGCAUGAUGGUGGAUUCCCAGUAUGUUCUGCCCAAUGAUAUUGGCAUCGCGACGCUGGACUGCAACGAAGCCUUCCGGCUCUUAUCCCCAGAAGAGAGGCUGUAUGCCCACUAUCUCUCCCGGGCCUGCUGGUACGGCGGGCUGGUGGUCCUGCUCCAGACCUCCCCAGAAUCUCCAACCAUCUAUGUCCUCCUGUCGCGGCUCUUCCGAGCUCAGGAUCCCGUUGAGCUCGGGGAGUUGGCCCGCUCCCUCGGUCUCUCAGAGGAAGAGUAUCAGGCUUUGCUGGUUUACGCUGCCGCCCUCUAUGCCAACAUGGGCAAUUAUAAGUCCUUUGGUGACACCAAAUUUGUCCCCAACCUUCCCCAGGAGAAGCUGAAAAAGCUGGUGUGGGCAAGCCAGGCAUUCAAGGAGCACCCAGAACAGAUGGAAGCGCUAUGGGGCCGUUGUGGGAACCCCAUGUUCUCCUUAGAGCCCAGGCAGAAGCAUUUGGGGCUCAGUGACGAGGGUAUUUCCACGUACUUCUCUCUGGACUGCACCAUGGAAGAUGCGAAGCUAGCCCAGGAUUUUCUGGAUUCUCAGAACAUCAGCGCUUAUAACACGAGGCUUUUCAAGACCCAGGUGGACGGGAAGGUCACCUACGAGGUUCGCCUGGCGUCCGUGGUUUCAGACGAUGCCCAGCUGGACGAUGACAUGACCGCCAAGAUGAAAUGCUUCCAGUUUGGGGGCUGCGUGUUUAACGUGACCUUUGGCGAUUAUGCCCCGCUGCUGCAGAAGGUUGUGGAGAACCUCCAGAAAGCCCAGCCUCAUGCCGCCAACGCCACCCAGGCAGAAAUGCUGACCCACUACGUCACCAGUUUCACGCAGGGCUCCAUCGCCGCCCACAAGGAGGGCUCCCGUUGCUGGAUUCGGGAUAAAGGGCCCAUUGUGGAGAGUUACAUCGGCUUCAUCGAGAGCUACCGAGACCCCUACGGUUCCCGGGGAGAGUUCGAAGGGUUUGUGGCUGUCGUCAACAAGGCCAUGAGUGCGAACUUCGCCCGCCUGGUGGCGGCGGCCGAGCGCCUGCUGGAGGAGCUGCCGUGGCCUCGCGCCUUCGAGAAGGACACUUUCCUGAAGCCUGACUUCACCUCCCUCGAUGUUCUGACUUUUGCCGGCAGUGGGAUUCCGGCCGGCAUCAACAUCCCCAACUACGACGACAUCCGCCAGACAGAUGGCUUCAAGAACGUUUCGCUGGGGAACGUCCUGGCGGUGGCCUAUUCCACGCAGAAAGAAAAGCUGACCUUCCUUGCUGAGGAGGACAAGGAUCCCUACAUCAAGUGGAAAGGACCCUCUUUCGAGGUGCAGGUUGGUCUCCACGAACUUUUGGGCCACGGCAGUGGGAAGCUCUUCGUGCAGGAUGAUUCCGGUGCCUUCAACUUUGACCAGGAGGCAGUGAUCAACCCGGAGACGGGAGAACUAAUUCGGAGUUGGUACCGAGGGGGGGAGACGUGGGACAGCAAAUUUUCAAGCGUCGCGUCAAGUUAUGAGGAAUGUCGGGCCGAGUGUGUGGGGCUUUAUCUGUGCCUGAACAAAGAGGUUUUAAGCAUCUUCGGAUUGGAGGGCGAAGAUGCCGAGGACGUGAUUUACAUCAACUGGCUGAACAUGGUGCGGGCUGGCCUGCUGGCGCUCGAAUUCUACACACCGGAAUCUGGAACGUGGCGCCAGGCCCACAUGCAAGCCCGCUUCGUCAUCCUAAGGGUGCUCCUGGAGGCCGGCCAAGGACUCGUGUCCUUGCGUCGCACGACCGGGGCCGACGGCAAGCCCGACGCGGUGAUCACCUUAGACCGCAGCAAGAUUUGCACCGUCGGGAAGCCCGCCCUGGAGCGUUUCCUCUGUAAACUGCAGGUCCUGAAAUCCACAGCCGAUGUGGUGGGCGGGCGCGCGCUCUACGAGGCCUACUCCGCCGUGACGGAUGAAGAACCUGAACGGUUUCUCACUCUGCGGCACACAGUCCUGCUGCGGAAGGAAGCCCGGAAGCUCUUUGUGCAAGCCAAUACCCGGCUGGAAGGCAAGGAUGUCGUCCUCGUGCAGUACGAAAGCAGCGCCGCAGGCCUGAUCCGAUCAUUCCGUGACCGCUUCCCCGAAGAUGCUGAAGUCCUGGAGCAGCAGCUGCUGCAGCUGGCACAGGCCGAUGCCCACUUCUGGAAGAGCUGAGAGCGGGACUUACCUAAGGCCUUUCCCAUGUGAACCCCCCCCCCCCAGUGGGCCA